AUGGACUUCGGGAGCCAUGAGGUACCGGUCCGCCAGAGCACGGGGCAGAGCGACUCACGGCUGUUCCAGCCGUCAUCGCUUAAGCGCAAGAAUCUAAAGCACCUGACGCUGGGCGCAGGAACAGGAAAAGGAGCGGGCGCGCCUGCUCCACCCGCGCCCAGACUCAAAUCGAGCAUUGGAGCGCUGAGCCUGCCGGCCACCAACCGUGUGGUCAGCUCGGCUAUCUCGCCUGGCGGGCUUUUGCAACAGCCAAGCCCGACCACGUCGGAUCUAUCGUCAGCUGGUAUCACACCCACGGACGAAGUAGUCAAAGAGCUGGGUUCGGAUUUUGAAAACCUAUCACUCUUUGCAGAUAGCACGAUUGAGCUGCAGGAUCUUGUCCAGCUCGGAAAGAUCGGGUCCGGAAACUCAGGAACCGUGCUGAAGACCCUGCAUGUGCCAGACUCUCGCAUUAUCGCCAAGAAAUCGAUCCCCGUCGAAAACAAACCCAUGGUGAAAAACCAGCUCAUACGCGAGCUUUCGAUUAUGCAAAACGUGAAGCCGCACGAAAAUAUCGUGGGCUUUUUCGGAGCCUUUUACACUGCCUCCACUACUAACGAGAUAGUAAUCUUGAUGGAAUACAUGGACUGUGGGUCUCUAGAUAAGAUCAUGUCCACUCACAAGGCGUUUGUGAAACGUGGAGAUCCAGACAUUCCCGAAAAUUGGUUUUCAGAAAUCGUUCUCGCCAAGAUCUCAUAUGCCGUUUUGAAUGGACUUUCCUAUUUAUAUCGUGGUUACAAGAUCAUCCAUCGCGACAUAAAACCAUCCAAUGUGUUGAUCAACAGCAAGGGGUGUGUAAAGAUUUGCGAUUUCGGGGUCUCUAAAAAACUGAUCAAUUCCAUUGCAGACACAUUUGUCGGCACGUCCACCUAUAUGUCUCCAGAGCGGAUUCAAGGGAGUGUAUAUACUACCAAAGGUGACGUAUGGUCGUUGGGACUAAUGAUCAUAGAACUUGUAACAGGCGAGUUCCCUCUAGGCGGCCAUUCGGAUACACCAGAAGGCAUUCUAGACCUGUUGCAAAGAAUUGUAAACGAGCCUCCGCCAAAACUACCACACGGGCUACAGUAUUCACGCGAAAUGGUAGAUUUCGUAAACAGAUGUUGUGUGAAAGAUGAGAGGGAAAGGUCGUCACUACAGGAACUGCUGUGUCACGAUUUCAUCGUGAAAGGCAGAUCUCAGGGAGAUAGGGAGUUCAGACACUGGUGCAAACGUAUCAAAAAGCGAUUAAAAGAGGACAAAAUGCUGAAACGCGAAGAAAAUGAACGCGCUAAACUGGUCAAACGCCAGCUAGAAAGCUCUGCUAACGCCGCUACGGCGGCUAGGCAUCGUUGA